CUAGGUCACAGGGGCGGUGCGGAAGCAUAGAAUGAAUAGGGGUGACCAGGAAGUGCGAACUCAGACUGGAAAGGAGGACGGCAGCAGGUCCGGCGGUCUUGGGAAGGUGACAGGGCUGGAGCUCACUAACAUCUAGACAUGUGGAAUCCUAAUGCUGGGCCUAAUCCAUAUCCACCCCAUGUCGUGUGCCCAGGAGGUCCCAAUCCCGCCUGUCCACCGCCUGUCAAUCAUCCUGCCUUUCCUCCUGGCCCCUGUCCUCCAGGAGUUCCUCAGGGAAACCCAGCCUUCCCUCCGUGUCGGCCCCCUUAUCCUGUGCCUCAACCAGGAUGUCCAGGAUACCCACCCUCAGGUCCCUACCCUCCCCCAUGCCCACCACCUGCUCCUGGCAUGUGCCCUGUGAAUCCUCUGGCUCCUGGCAUGGUAUGCCCGGGAACAGUGGUAGACAAGAAAAUGCGGAAGAAGAUGAAGAAAGCUCAUAAAAAGAUGCACAAACACCACAAGCAUGGAAAGCAUUCUUCCUCUUCCUCCUCCUCUUCCAGCAGUGACUCUGACUGAACAGGGCCCGGACCCUCCUCCCCUCAAGUCUCACCAGCUCCGCCCUCCCAUCAGGCUCCCGCUGUCACCUGAGGGAGCUUAGCCCUCUGCCCCCAAUCCUGCCUGUGCCUCCCCUGCUCUUCAGCCCUGGCUGUCUAGGGAGAAUGGGAAGAAGAUUGCCAUGGGCUAAGCAAAGGCUGCCCUUCUCCCUGCGGGAUAUGGUCAUAGUUGAUGAGUCAGCAGGGUGAGACUCCUGGGCUCAGUGGUGAAGACAGUUUUAAGAUCUGCACACUGCGAUCUUUUUCAUCUUUUGUAAUGCUGUACUUUUGUAAUGAUGGCGCGUUAGGGGGAUACGGUGGCGACUGUGUUCCCGGCCGGCCUCUUAUUGAUCGCAGUAACAGCUAAGCUGCUGGGAAGUAGGGUCCCCUUACUUGAUGAGCUCUUUAGAGCUCUUAGAUCAAAAUGUUAUCUCAGAUGGCUCUAAGUCCAAAUAAAAGCUACUCUCCCAGCUCA